AUGUGUUUAGGGUUUAUACCUACCACCUUUCAAAACUGUAAAAUAUAUGUUAAUAUAGAAUCUAACCAUUUUGAGCAAUGUUUAAAUAACAUUUGUCUUGGCAAAGCUCUUGAGGAAGUAUUUGUAUCAAACCUGGCGCAUAAUAUUUUAAUUAUUUUUAAAUUGAUUAUAAAGAUUUUUGAAAAAAAAAAUAUAUACAUUUUUCUUGUAAAAAGAGCAUUUUGA